AUACGGUACAAGGGUGAUCGAUUACGUUGUCAAAUGAGCACAGCAAUUUUUCCCUUCCCGUCGCUUUAUCCUCUGAGGAAAGUUCCGACUGCAGUUUCAACAGCAUUCACGGUUGUAGCUACCUUGUCAUGCUUGAUAGCAGUUAUACUCUGCGUCCGCGAAACUGGCCUUGCUGAAUCUGUGUCUCUCACCAGCGGAAGAUUCGACUGGCGUAAACUACAAGAGAAGCAAGAGGGUGUCUUGGGCAAUGCGGGGUCGGACAGACAUAAAGAAUCCAAGAAGAAGAUCAAUUCUGAGGUCCAUCGUGAAUUGAGCAGCGUGUCCUCCACUUCUUUGGUUCAGAAAGCCGCAGCGGCGUGUGCUUCGGAUCCCAAAUGCAUCCCGUCAGUGGAUGAGCUAGUGAAGAGAGCAGCAGCAGCAUGCGCGACCGAUGCUUCUUGCGUCUGUGACUGGGGGAGGCACCCCAAACAGUGCUUCCUUUCCGAAGUCCAGCGUCAUCACGAGCUUGUUCGGUACUAGAUGCCAAGGCGUUAGAAGAGAGACUGAAGGCUCAAUCUGCGAUUGAAAAGAAGAAGCAGGCGAUUGAAAG